UUUUUUUUCUCUCUUCUUUCUUCCUUCUCCCUCUCGUUCAAAACCCCCCUCCCCCUUUGCUGUGCCGUCUCUCCAUCAUCCACCAUGGGUAUCUCAAGGCGUCCCAAGGACAAAGCCGCCCGGAAUGCCCAGGCGGCGGGCGGCGGCAGCAGCGAAAAGCCCAAGAAGGCGACGUACGAGGUGACUAAGAAAAAGGAGAUCGGUGUGUCAGACUUGACCCUGCUCAGCAAGGUCUCCAACGAGGCCAUCAACGAAAACCUCAAGAAGCGCUUCGAGGGCGCCGAGAUCUACACAUACAUCGGCCAUGUGCUGGUCUCGGUCAAUCCCUUCCGGGACCUGGGCAUCUACACCGACCAGGUUCUCGACAGCUACAAGGGCAAGAACCGUCUGGAAAUGCCGCCGCACGUCUUUGCCAUUGCCGAGUCUGCAUACUACAACAUGAAGGCGUACAACGACAACCAGUGCGUCAUCAUCUCGGGCGAGUCGGGAGCCGGCAAGACCGAGGCCGCCAAGCGCAUCAUGCAGUACAUAGCGAGCGUGUCUGGUGAGCAGUCGGGCGACAUCAAGAAGAUCAAGGAAAUGGUGCUGGCAACUAACCCGCUGCUCGAGUCGUUCGGAAACGCAAAGACGCUGCGCAACAACAACUCGUCACGGUUCGGAAAGUACCUUCAGCUCUACUUCAACUCCACCGGCGAGCCCGUCGGAGCCGACAUUACAAACUACCUCCUCGAGAAGACGCGAGUCGUCGGCCAGAUUACAAACGAGCGCAACUUCCACAUCUUCUACCAGUUUACAAAAGCGGCCCCGAGCCAGUACCGCGAGAUGUUUGGCAUCCAGAAGCCCGAGACCUACCUCUACACCAGCCGCUCCAAGUGUUUCGACGUGGACGGCAUCGACGAUGUCGCCGAGUUCCAGGACACGCUCAACGCCAUGAAGAUCAUCGGGCUGAGCCAGGCGGAGCAGGACGAGAUCUUCCGCAUGCUGGCCGCCAUUUUGUGGAUCGGCAACAUUCGAUUCCAGGAGGACCAGAGCGGAUAUGCCGAGGUGGUUGACAAGUCGGUGGUGGACUUUGUGGCAUACCUGCUGCAGUGUACCCCCGAAGAGGUGAUCAAGGGCAUCACCAUCCGUAUCCUCACGCCUCGAAACGGAGAGGUCAUUGAGUCGCCGGCCAAUCCCGCCCAGGCAAUGGCGACCCGGGACGCGCUGGCCAAGGCCAUUUACAGCAACUUGUUCGAUUGGAUUGUCGAGCGCAUCAACAUCUCUCUCAAGUCAAGGCAGGCCACGUCAAACACCAUCGGCAUUCUAGAUAUCUACGGAUUCGAGAUUUUCGAGAACAACAGCUUUGAACAGCUGUGCAUCAACUACGUCAACGAGAAGCUGCAGCAGAUCUUUAUCCAGCUCACCCUCAAGGCCGAGCAGGAGGAAUACGCGCGGGAAAAGAUCCAGUGGACGCCCAUCAAGUACUUUGACAACAAGGUGGUGUGCGACCUGAUUGAGCAGAUCCGCCCGCCCGGCAUCUUCUCCGCCAUGAAGGACGCGACCAAGACGGCCCACGCAGAUCCCGCCGCCUGUGACCGAACCUUUAUGCAGAGCAUCAACGGCAUGUCACACGCCCACCUGAUUCCCCGACAGGGCAGCUUCAUCAUCAAGCACUACGCCGGUGAUGUCACCUACACCGUCGACGGUAUCACGGAUAAGAACAAGGACCAACUGCUCAAGGGAUUGUUGAACCUCUUCCAGAGCAGCGGAAACCCAUUCAUCCACACGCUGUUCCCCAACGAGGUCGACCAGGACAACCGCAAGCAGCCGCCUUCUGCUGGAGACCGUAUCCGCACAUCUGCAAACCUCCUGGUUGAUACGCUCAUGAAGUGUCAGCCGUCGUACAUUCGAACAAUCAAGCCCAACGAGAACAAGUCGCCAACCGAGUACAACUCGCCCAACGUCCUGCAUCAAAUCAAGUACCUCGGUCUGCAGGAAAACGUUCGUAUCCGAAGAGCUGGAUUUGCUUAUCGACAAGCCUUUGAUAAGUUUGUCGAUCGCUUCUUCUUGCUGUCGCCCGCCACUUCAUACGCCGGUGAAUACACGUGGCAAGGCUCAUACGAGGAUGCCGUCAAGCAGAUUCUCAAGGACACGAGCAUUCCCAAGGAAGAGUGGCAGAUGGGUGUGACAAAGGCCUUCAUCAAGUCGCCCGAGACGCUCUUUGCCCUGGAGCACAUGAGAGACAGAUACUGGCACAACAUGGCCACGCGUAUUCAGCGCAUGUGGCGCGCUUACCUCGCAUACCGAGCCGAGUCUGCUACGAGAAUCCAGCGUUUCUGGCGAAAGAAGCGCACCGGCGCAGAGUACUUGCAGCUCCGUGACCAGGGGCACAAGGUUCUUCAGGGGCGAAAAGAGAGGCGACGUAUGAGUCUUCUCGGCUCGCGAAGGUUCCUGGGAGACUAUCUCGGCAUCAACGCCGCGAACGGACCGGGGGCUCCUCUGCGGCAGGCAGUCAAUCUUGGCUCAAACGAGCGUGCCAUCUUCUCGUGCCGUGGCGAGAUCCUCGAAGCCAAGUUUGGUCGUUCCAGCAAGCCGAGCCCUCGCAUCAUUGUCGUGACCAACUCCAAAUUCUACAUCAUCGCCCAGCUGCUCAUCAACGGCCAGCCACAGAUCCAGGUGGAAAAGGCAAUUCCUCUGGGCUCCAUCAAAUUCAUUGGUACCUCCACAGCGCAGGAUGACUGGUUCUCACUGGGCAUCGGAUCUCCGCAGGAAGCAGACCCUCUUAUGAACUGCGUGUUCAAGACGGAAAUGUUUACCCAGAUGCAGCGUGCCAUGCCGGGAGGCUUCAACCUCAAGAUCGGCGAGACGAUUGAAUACGCAAAGAAGCCGGGCAAGAUGCAGCAGGUCAAGGUUCUCAAGGACUCUCAGCAGCGGGCUGACUACUACAAGAGCGGCGCGAUCCACACGCAGCCAGGAGAGCCUCCAAAUUCGGUAUCAAAGCCGAUGCCCAAGGCCAAGCCCGUGCCGCCGCGGCCCAUCACCAGAGGCAAGCUCAUCAAGCCCGGUGGUCCGGGAGGCAGGCCGUCCAGAAUCACCGCCACCCGCAACACUCAGCCGAGAUCAACGGGCACCGGUACCAGGAGCGUUCCUCCGCCGCCCGCCGCUCUUGGUGGCAUAGUAUCGGCAUCAUCAUCGGCCUCAUCGAACGCGGGCCCCCACGCCAGAAACCAGUCAGGCAGCGCUCGAGCGCCGCCUCCUCCGCCCGCCCCUCCUGCCCCUCCUGCUGCUAAGCCCAAGAUCAUGGCCAAGGUGUUAUAUGAUUUCGCCGGCCAGAAGGAGAACGAACUGACCAUUAAAGCGGGAGAUAUGCUCGAAAUCAUCCAAAAGGAGAACAAUGGCUGGUGGCUAGCCAAGAAUGCUCAGGGACAGGCUUGGGUACCAGCAGCAUAUGUUGAAGAGCAGGCGGCGCCCGCUCCCAGAGCACCUCCCGCACCGCCGUCGGCCAAGGCGAAGCCUGUACCACCGACGAAGCGCCCCGUAGCAGGUGGACGCAAGCCCGCCGACCUGGCGCAGAGGGACUCUGGCAUGAGCCUCAACGGCACGGGUGGCGAUAGCCGUAGUAGCACGCCGACGCCCAGUCUGGGAGGCAGCUUGGCAGAUGCUCUGCUGGCGCGCAAGAACGCCAUGAACCAAAAGAGGGACGACGAGACUGACGAUUGGUAAACUACCCACGAAUGUCGAUGCUGUUUACGAGGCAUUAUACAGUCCUUGUCUUUGCGUCCUCGUUGUGCCCGUCCUCUUUUGCUUUCUCUCCUCGACUUUGUGCCUCAAUGACUGCGAAGGAGCACCUCAUCUUGUUUUGAUGGAAGUCUUGUGACAGAAUUCAUUGUAUAGUACACUGAAUGUGAACGACAAAAUGGGCAACCGUUAUGUGCGAUUCUUGUUUUUUCUUUUCUUUUUUCCUUUUCGGCACGGUCCUUAUUUUUCUUGAAGUACCUAUAGAUCUCGGAAAGCGUGUGGUUGGUUUUCACCAGGUAUGAAGAAAAGGGAGGGGAUGGAGAAGGGCAUCGGACCUC